AAGCUCCGCCCCCCCCGUUGUGACGUCGCCCACCCAGGCCCGGCAAGGCCUAGCGCUUCCCUGAUUGCUUCGUUCGAGGCGGAGGCGGCGCCAAAAUGGCGGCCAAGGUAGCAAAAUGGGCAGCUACUCCCACAGCCUUGGCCUCUCCUAAUGUCUCUGCUUCCAGCAAAGAACAAUCACAGUCUCCUCAAGUUAAGACACAUCAGCUUCCGAUUUAUAAUGCUCCACCUUUGAAUUCAAAAUACAUUGAAGAAGAGCCAGGUCGCUUGCAAACUGGAAUUUCAGUAGUAAGAAAAACAACAAGUCACUACAUUAAUGGCUUCAAGGAUGCCUACCUUUUUGUCAAAAAUGGAAUAAUAUCUUCCAUACAGUUUGGAAAAGAUGCCUAUGUUUAUCUGAAGAACCCACCUCCAGAAUUUCUUCCCAAAGUUGGUGUGAUUACAGUUUCAGGACUCACUGGCCUUGUCUUAGCAAGGAAAGGGUCCAAGUUUAAGAAAAUCGCCUAUCCUUUGGGACUUGGCACACUGGGUGUAUGUGUUUGCUAUCCAGCACAAUCAGUACUUAUUGCCAAGGUAACGGGUGGAAAAGUUUAUGCUGUGAGCCACGCAACCUAUGAAGCAGCAGGAUCACUAUGGAGCAAAAAAUCUCCUGCAGAGAUGCCACAUGCCCAGGAGAGAGAUGCUCAGCUGCAGGAAGAUUCCAGCCCAGGGUUGAAAACAGAGCAGAGCAUUUCGGAGGUUUCUGGGGCCCCCCAUGCAUCCCAGGGAAAGGCAGAAGCACUGGAGAUGCAGUUUCGUGCCACCAGGACCUUUGGCCAAAAAGAUUCCAUCUCUCUGACGCCUGGAGAGAAGGCGCCAAGUCUCAGAACAGAUGUGUCGAAGCCUUCAAAGUUUAAACCAGACCCCAGCCUCAUGGACUACGGCCAGUCCAGCCCUGAAGAUAAAGACAUGUACAGCAUGAGAAGCUAACACCUCAUGACUCUCCAGCGGACUGCAGGAACGAGGGGACAUUAAAAUGAAACCGUUGUUUAAUUUGUCA